UCUAAACUGAACAAAGCAUGCGGGUCAUCCUUGACAGCGUCAUCUCAGUGUGCCCCUCAAAACACACUGCCUAGCAUGCGGCGCAUCAGCAGUUACUUCACGCGCCCUGCGUACGCUGUAAAUUUUGAAAGCAAGCAAGACGUCAGCCAGGAGCCUCCGCCCAAAGAUCCUCCACCCAAAGAUCCGAGUCCGGCCCCUCCGCACUCUUCCCCCCUCACCGAGAUAUCGUCAUCUUUCUUCUCCAGAGAUGGCUCGACGCCUCCACGAAGACCGGGGCUGAAACCACCCACUUUGCCAUCACCGCCUAUCAAAGAUGGGGCUGAAGGCGACGAUCAAGAUGGUGAUUUCCCGCCUCCGGGGAGUAUGCUAUCAGGAUCGAGCUUCAACGCCUCGCAGCGGGUUGUCAGGGACGGCAAAGAGGUGGUGAUCGGCUCCGAUGGAGAGGAUACAGAUUCCAUAGGCUCAUUCGAGUCUCCGGAAGACCUACUCAUGAGAUUCACUAAGCCGAACCAUUCUUCGCAUUCCCCAGAGCUCGGAAAGAGUGCUCGUUCUGGCCGUACUACCUCGGCAAAGACCGGUGUCCUGGCCCGCCUAGAAAAGCCCGCCCCAUCGUACAAAAACACCCUUGAUUCCCUUGUCACUGCUGCAGUUGACGAUCAAGAGACCGAAGCGGGUAUCGCCAAGCUGAGGGCGUCCUUUGAGAAGGCAGAUAAUGAAUCCACUCGUCGGAGAGGACAGCUACAUGAAGGAAUCCUAACCUCAGCUCUGGGUGACGACGAUGAUGAGAUGGAUAUGCACCGUCUACUUCACGCACUGCGAAGGACAGAUGCUUUUGAUGCCACCAAGGCAUGGCAUUUUUUCGAUUUUAAGGAGGAAUUGCCUCCUGCGCUUCCGUUUCCUGAACAUCGCAUCAGUCCGAGAUCAUAUUUGACAUCUUUAACAGCGAAUCACUCGAGAGAGCGAGCGUUUCAUUCCGGUAUCGUGGAUUUCGCCCUGUCGAGGUCAGUCUUGCCUGACGAGGUGAUCUCAUGGAUCUUCCACUCUAUACCCAUGGAGCCGCAGGACAGCGUCAGACAUGCCUAUUGCCGGGCUAUCAGGAAUACAAAUGCCCAACACAUUAAAGCGCUGAUUAGACCGGACGAUUUCCGCAAGCUUUUCGAGCGAUUGGGGGCUGUUUCGAAUGCACUAGCUGUUCAUGAGCCGAUCGUCCCAGACGCAAAUCCCAAGGACUAUCUACAAACUAUCUCACGGCACCAAGGUUUGGUGUUAUCUGUUCUAGAUCUGAUCUGCGGUGCGGCCGAUUUAUUCGCAGACGACACCCGAGAAUAUCUGCUGAAUGUAUUAUUCCGGCUGACGCUCGACGUUACUCUGACCGGAGUCCCCACCAUCAGCUCUGAAAUCGAAAGGACCAUCCUCACGGUUCUAGAGAGCGCUUCGGAGGGCACAGUGGAUGACUUGAUGUAUCGGGUUUGCACAUCCACACUCGACACAUUCAAGGAUGCCAAUUUCCAAAGCCGCCUCCUGAAGCAUAUCUUGCCCGAGACCGACUGGAUCGCUACGAUCCGCUGCCGCCUAGCCGUAUCUUUCUUACUCGGUGACCCAGCGCCUCUGCGCGAGCCACUGAACCAGCUGCUCAGCCUGACACGCAUCGCAGACAUCCUCAAACGAGACAUAUUCGACGUCAAGAAAUACAAAGGAAAGGAUAAGCCCGAGUACGAUUACGGGGAGCUCCUCGCCAUCACCUCGCUCCUCAACAUCGCCGUCGAUUCAGGACGGUUUGAGGCAGAGUUUGCGGACCGCGAGGCGGAAAGAGCCUUCAACGCGCAGGUCGAUGCCGUUGCCGACCGUCUCAAGAAGAUCUUCACCUCCAUCGAGGACUCCGGCGCAUCGCACCUGAAGCGGACUCUGGCGAAGGAAGCUCUUGAGAUGCUACACUACCGGGUCGUCUAUAGCGUUAGGACACGACCGCGUCCGAAGAAAUCGAUUUACGGGAUCAUUGAAGCGCGGGAUUAUGACCAGAAGGUCUUCAAGCGAUUCGUCCCCGCAAAGAAAGCUGCUGUUGUUGAUACGGAGAUGCCGAUCCGACGGCAUGAGGUCCCUCCCCGAUGAAGGAUGCCGCUCUUGUGGUAUGUUCUUUCCGAG